AUGAACCUCAGUUGCUCCUUGUGGCAGGACAAUAGUAUGUCUGUCAAACAAUUUGCAUUUACCAAAUUCUGUUACAUCACUGAACAGUGUUUCUUUUCAUUUACCCUCAUCUUGUUCAUGUUCUUAGCAUCACUCACAGGCAAUGCUCUCAUAGCCCUUGCCAUCUGGACCAACCCAGUCCUCCACACACCCAUGUACUUCUUCCUGGCCAACUUGUCUCUCUUGAAGAUUGGCUACACUUGCUCCGUCAUACCCAAAAUGCUGCAGAGCCUCGUGAGUGAGGCCCGAGGAAUCUCUCGGGAGGCGUGUGCUACACAGAUGUUUUUCUUUUCAUUUCUUGGUAUCAGUGAGUGCUGUCUUUUGGCAGCCAUGGCUUACGACCGCUAUAUAGCCAUAUGCUCCCCACUUCACUAUGCAGCACGAAUGAGUCGUGGAGUGUGUGCCCAGUUGGCAAUGAUUUCUUGGGGAGUGGGGUGCAUGGUAAGCUUGGGCCAGACCAACUACAUUUUCUCCUUGGACUUCUGUGGCCCUUGUGAAAUAGACCACUUCUUCUGUGACCUCCCCCCUAUCCUGGCACUUGCUUGUGGGGAUACAUCCCAUAACGAGGCUGCAGUCUUUGUGGUGGCCAUCCUUUGCAUUUCCAGCCCAUUUUUACUGAUCAUUGCUUCCUAUGGCAGAGUUCUAGCAGCUGUGCUGAUCAUGCCGUCACCUGAGGGCCGCCAGAAAGCCCUUUCCACCUGUUCUUCCCACCUACUUGUAGUAACACUCUUCUAUGGCUCAGGAUCUGUCACCUACUUGAGGCCCAAGGCUAGCCAUUCACCAGGAGUAGAUAAACUCCUAGCCCUCUUCUAUACAGUGGUCACAUCCAUGCUCAACCUCAUCAUCUAUAGUUUGCGGAACAAGGAAGUCAAGGCAGCUCUCCGGAGAACCCUGUGGGAGAAAAAAGUUUUGAGUCAUGGGUAG